GGCGGGGCCGGCGCUGGUUAGCUCCGGAGUGUGAAACCGCGUGUUAAUGUAACCGGCGCGAGAGGCGCGGGCUGCGGCAGCGGCUUGAGCGGCGGCUGCAGGAGCGGCGGCGGCGGCGGCGGGUACCCUGUGUCCUGCGUCCUCGAGGCAGCCGACUGCGCCACUCCCGCCUUCGCAGGACCGGGCGGGAACCGCGCCACCAACCGGGACCUCCGCCUGCCCUCGGCAACUUAACUGCCUCCGCGACUACUCCGGACUUGCCCGCGGAGUUUGCCGGCCCGGGAAGGAGGCCGAGCGGCGGAGCGCACUCUUGGGCUUUUCCUCACCGUCUCUUGGAUGUCUUUCCCCGGGUCGUAAGAGAACUUUGAAGCGGGCUGGAGCGCCCUUUGAGGAGAGGCAGACGAAGAGAAGGAAAGAAAGGGGGUCGACGGAGAGGCUCUGAGAAAGGGUCCGGAGAGGUCUGGCUGGCGGUGCAGGACGAGUGCGCGCGGGCCGCGGCGCCCGGAUGCGCCCAGGUCUGGAGGAGCAGCGGGCGGCUGCGGGACUGCGCUCGGCGGAGUAGACCCGUCGCCCCAGGAGGGUUUGUGCAACCUCGGAGAACACCCAGUGCCGCUGCACUGGGCGUGCCAGGCCGCCUCCCGGCGCGCCCUCCGCACUUUCCCCGCCUCGUCGUCAUCCCGCGCUCCUCGGCUCGGGUUAAGGCUGCGGAGCGCCGGGCGGGGAGCCUCCGCUGCUACCGGGACCUCGCACCCCGCCGCCUCACGGGAGCCCGCGAGCUCCCGGUCGUGAGCGCUGCCUGGGCCCGAGGGGGUCACCCCUGAACACAGACAGGUUUGUUUGUGUGGGGUUAGCCGCGGGCGCCGCGCCACCUGCACCUCGCCGGCGGGCGCCUCGGGGAAUACCCGAAGAAGAGGCGGAUCGGGAGAAGAGCAAAGGAGAGCAGUCUUCCCCUGGAUUUGUUGCCCGGGACCGCUGCGGCGCACGCGGAUCGCCGAGGGGAGCACCGAGUCACCGCGCUCGUCAUCUCUCAGCCCGGGCCGCCGAGGCCCGCGGGUGGAAGCGCAGCCCCCGCGCCCUCCUCGCGAGCACCAGCGGCGUCCCGCAGGUUCUUGGUGCGGCCGGGCCCGGGCUGCCCUCUGAUGUGGCCCUGAGCGCGGGAGUCCGCACGGGCGGGAGCAGAGUGGUCUGUGCGUCCCGCCGAGCGCGCCUGCGUGCGUGGCCAGCGCGCUGCCCGCUUCUGCCUGGCUUCCCGGCUUAAUUUUCUUCGGCGGGAUUAAAGUUGGAAAUUGAGCGGAGAAUUGAGUUGCCCGGGAACAGAGCCGCGGCCGCCGCCAGAGCGAUGUUCCCGCAGAGCCGGCACCCGACGCCGCACCAGGCUGCAGGCCAGCCCUUCAAGUUCACUAUCCCGGAGUCCCUGGACCGGAUUAAAGAGGAAUUUCAGUUCCUGCAGGCGCAGUAUCACAGCCUUAAAUUGGAAUGUGAGAAACUGGCAAGUGAAAAGACAGAAAUGCAGAGGCACUAUGUGAUGUAUUAUGAAAUGUCAUAUGGAUUAAACAUAGAAAUGCAUAAACAGACUGAAAUCGCCAAGAGAUUGAAUACGAUUUGUGCACAAGUCAUCCCAUUUCUGUCUCAGGAACAUCAGCAGCAGGUGGCCCAGGCUGUCGAACGUGCCAAACAGGUGACCAUGGCAGAGCUGAAUGCCAUCAUCGGGCAGCAGCAGUUGCAAGCUCAGCAUCUUUCUCACGGCCACGGACCUCCAGUGCCCCUCACCCCUCACCCUUCGGGACUUCAGCCUCCUGGAAUCCCGCCCCUCGGCGGCAGUGCCGGCCUCCUGGCGCUGUCUAGUGCUCUGAGUGGCCAGUCUCACUUGGCAAUUAAAGAUGACAAGAAGCACCACGAUGCAGAGCACCACAGAGACAGAGAACCAGGCACAAGUAAUUCCCUCUUGGUUCCAGACAGUUUAAGAGCCACAGAUAAACGCAGAAAUGGGCCCGAGUUUUCUAAUGACAUCAAAAAAAGAAAGGUGGACGAUAAGGACUCCAGCCACUAUGAUAGCGAUGGUGACAAAAGCGAUGACAACUUAGUUGUGGAUGUUUCUAAUGAGGACCCCUCAUCUCCCCGUGCAAGCCCCGCCCAUUCACCCAGGGAAAAUGGGAUUGACAAAACCCGCCUGCUGAAGAAAGACGCCUCCAGCAGCCCGGCGUCCACUGCCUCCUCGGGAAGUUCCACUUCUUUGAAAUCCAAAGAAAUGAGCUUGCAUGAAAAAGCCAGCACGCCUGUGCUGAAAUCCAGCACACCGACGCCUCGGAGUGACAUGCCAACGCCGGGCACCAGCGCCACUCCAGGACUCCGUCCAGGCCUUGGCAAGCCUCCAGCCAUGGACCCCCUCGUCAACCAAGCAGCAGCUGGCCUGAGGACACCCCUGGCGGUGCCCGGCCCAUACCCCGCACCAUUUGGGAUGGUGCCCCACGCGGGCAUGAAUGGUGAGCUGACCAGCCCCAGCGCCGCCUACGCCAGUCUCCACAACAUGUCACCGCAGAUGAGUGCAGCUGCGGCUGCUGCCGCCGUGGUGGCUUAUGGGCGCUCCCCGAUGGUUGGGUUUGAUCCUCCCCCUCACAUGCGUGUACCUACGAUCCCUCCAAACCUGGCAGGAAUCCCUGGGGGGAAGCCAGCAUACUCCUUCCACGUUACCGCAGAUGGUCAGAUGCAGCCCGUCCCCUUCCCCCCAGAUGCCCUCAUCGGCCCUGGCAUCCCCCGACACGCUCGCCAGAUCAACACCCUGAGCCAUGGGGAGGUGGUGUGCGCGGUGACCAUCAGCAACCCCACGCGACACGUAUACACGGGUGGGAAGGGCUGCGUCAAGGUCUGGGACAUUAGCCACCCCGGCAACAAGAGCCCCGUCUCUCAGCUCGACUGUCUGAACAGGGAUAACUACAUCCGUUCCUGCAAAUUGCUCCCUGAUGGCUGCACUCUCAUAGUGGGAGGGGAAGCUAGUACCCUGUCCAUCUGGGACCUGGCGGCUCCCACCCCGCGCAUCAAGGCAGAGCUGACGUCCUCGGCCCCCGCCUGCUACGCCCUGGCCAUCAGCCCGGACUCCAAGGUCUGCUUCUCCUGCUGCAGCGAUGGCAACAUCGCUGUGUGGGACCUGCACAACCAGACGCUGGUGAGGCAAUUCCAGGGCCACACGGACGGGGCCAGCUGUAUUGACAUUUCUAACGACGGCACCAAGCUCUGGACGGGCGGCUUGGACAACACGGUCCGGUCCUGGGACCUGCGCGAGGGGCGGCAGCUGCAGCAGCACGACUUCACCUCCCAGAUAUUCUCCCUUGGGUAUUGCCCAACUGGAGAGUGGCUGGCCGUGGGCAUGGAGAGCAGCAACGUGGAAGUCCUCCACGUGAACAAACCUGACAAGUACCAGCUGCAUCUCCACGAGAGCUGUGUGCUGUCCCUAAAAUUCGCUUAUUGUGGUAAAUGGUUUGUGAGUACUGGAAAAGAUAACCUCCUCAAUGCUUGGAGGACCCCCUAUGGAGCUAGUAUAUUCCAGUCCAAAGAGUCCUCAUCUGUGCUCAGCUGUGACAUCUCUGUGGAUGACAAAUACAUUGUCACUGGCUCAGGGGACAAGAAGGCUACAGUCUAUGAAGUCAUCUACUGAAAACAUUAUGUGGUUUAAUGUUUAUAGUUGAAUUGGGCCAAAAUGUUUUGAAUUUGUAGAAAUAGAAAAGUCGUAACUUUAAAAACACAAAAACCUGUUUCCAGACCUUGACACAAAACUACUUUGUGUCUACAAAGAGGAGGCAACAAGCACAUCAAGAGAAGGUCACCUAUCUACCUAGACCAAAUGGAGCACCGAGGCAACGUGGACAGAGGGGUGAGGGUUGCAGGCUCUAGGAACAGAGCCUGCCAGCCCAGGCAGAGUUCAUCUUUUUCUUUCUGUGAGGUCUGCCGAGAUUACCUUUCUGUUCCUUGUGGUUUCCCUCCUAUCUGUCCUUGGUAGAUCAGUGGUGUCUCCAAUGAACUUGUUUCCUGGUUUUGCAUCUUGUGAAAUGUUUUUUUUGUAUUUUUGUUGAAGGUUAAACAUUUGUAUAAAUUGUAAAUAUAUUUGGUUUAUUACAGUAAAGGCUUU